UGCCGGUCGGUCCCGGAAGCCGUUCACGUCUGGGCAUUCUGCGGGACGCAAAAUCUAAGAUGGCAACAGACAUGUACAUUUGAUAGGGUGGUCCAUUCGAGAUCAGGGAGAAAGCCGAUUCGGUUUUAGCGUAACGCGCGAUAAUGAGCGAGUGAAAACGGCUAAAAGAGACGGGAGAGAAAGGGAGAGAGAGAGAGAGAGGGUCACAAUGAACAGAUAGGUACAGGUGCGACAUCAUCAAUCGCACGUCGUUCAAGCCGGAGCGAGGGGUGCAAUACUACCCUUUUCCCUCGGCACGCGUAACCGGAGAGAAAACCGGAUCAAGUGUGGCGGACUGCUAGUCGCGCUGUGAAAGUUAGCCUACGACGACAUGCCCGUGAGGAUUUGCAACGGCGGAUAAAGGUGGGAGCAAAGGAACGAGCGUUUCAUCUUAAAGGGAGCACAGUGGGAGAGAAGAAAAUAUGGGAAAAGGGGACAAGCGGGGUGUCGCGCAGCGCAGUGAUGGCGCCAGCACCAAUCUCGUGGGCAAAUUCACGCAGAGCGUUCGAAGAAUCGUCCAGGACGUGAAGGACGAAGGCACCUCUAGUGGACAAACGAAGGAGGAAGUGAUCGAGACGAACGAGAGGUUGAGAGUCGUAAGGAUACGUCUGGACGGUAGCUACGAUACCGCCAAAAGGGCCCUCGUCGAACUGAUGUGCAAGUACACCGACAGCAAGCAAGUGCGCAACGUGUUCCAGCGUUACAACCAUCUCAAAGUUAUGAUCAAGGACGUAAUUAAGCUGGAGACACAAUAUUGGACGUUGGUGGAUAUACCGAGGCAGGAGAAGCAGGAGACGGUGCCCGCCUUCGUGUUGCGUGCUUGCUCCAUCAUGGAGAAGACCCACAAGAGCGGAGAAGGCGUGAAAACCUCGGCGCGUCUCGCUGAGGAGGCUGAGACCAAGCGAGAGCGCAUCGAGAGACUCGAGAGUAUGACUACGGCACAAAUCGAAGCGGAAAAUACUCAGAUGACCAACGAUCUGUACAGAUUAUUAAAAAAGUACACAGGUCUCAGGAAUCUCAUCAAAGAAUUAAAGGAGGAGUACAACAGCUCGAAGGUGUAUCCAAUGUUCCCACGUUACACAAUACUGAAGGACAUGAUAAAGGACAUAAUGCACAAUCCGGACUACAUGGAGGUCUGUCACGAGGUGGACCAAGCAUAGCGGCCCGACCCCCUCCACCGUUCGCCACGUAUGACCCUGUAAGUUCUUCGGGGUCUUCGCGUGGUCGUCGGUGAAGGGGGUGAACUACAGAAUGCUUCACAGCUUCGACUGAUAAUUUCACUUUGGACAACAAUCAGCCACCUUGUUGUAACUUUCUUUCUUUUGAUCCCACUUCCCGUCCUGCACCCGUUUCCUCUUGCCCACAGUCGCCGUCAUCGCUGGUUCGAGUUUGCAGCAAAUCUGGAGCAACAAGCUAUGUGUCAUCGUGUGUUAAUGCUUGCGAAUUGUAUAUAAUUUCUCGCAGGUAAGUUGGCUCCAGUUCCCUUUGCACGUGUUUUGUAAAGUUUUCGGGACGAUGAAGAAGUUGAAUUUUCGCGUGGACUGUGUGCGUCAACGACAUCGUGGAUUAACAGCGAGCACCUCAACGUAUUGGAAGAGCAGCACGUCACGAAGAUGAAAGAAUUCGUCGCGGAAUCAAGGUAGGUCGUGGAAUCGUUAUUGCGAGAAGCGUCCGCCAGAAUAUUCCUGCUGUUGCUGUUUGCUGCGGAAUCAUCGCGAACGGAUCGAAAGAAAAGCAUCCUUAUUCAACGCUUAAAUAUCAGAACUAUUUCUUUGUUAAUUUCAUAGAUGACUUUUGUCAUACUUUAUUUCAUUAAGUUCAAGAUAAACAUUAGGAAGAUUAAAACGAUGCCACCUUAUUGGAUUAAACCCGCAGAUGAAAUAAUGGCGACGGUUCUGGAACUUCACUUUAUUAAAUCCGAUAUUUUCCGCAUCUUAUGAAGGAAGUAACUCGAAUUUCCACGAUGUGAGUUCAAGUAGCAGGAUUCGCGAGACUUCAGCACACUGGCAGGCAAGGGGUGAUUUUACAAUUUCCGAUUUCGCGUCAGAAUAUUCGCUCGCAUGUGGCACACGCAAGAAGCCACGUUAUUAUUAUUAAUAAUGACUGUCGCGUGCACGUGGCAUGCCGUUAAAUCGUAAUCGAUUAAGAACAAAAUUCGCAAGAGGUGUCAAGUGAAUCCGUGUGAGCCCGCGAGCGUGAGUUUGUACAUAGGUGUAACUCGUGUGCGUGAGAUUGCGAGAGUGUUGUCGAUCACGAAAUACAUAUAUUACCUAUUAUCUGCUUCCUGCUAUGUAGGACUCCUGUAAGGAGAGAGUGUCGUAAUAGUUCGGUUCCACGUAACCGAACUCGUGCUUCACCUACGAACAGGACAAAGAUAGAAUGAUUCCAAAAAAUUUGCAUUGAGGAACGUUGUAUAAAAAAAACACACACACAUUUAUAAAGACGUUGAUUAAAAAUUUAACGCUUCAAAUAAUGAAAUUUUAUAAAGUUAACUCUAAAUGAGGAAAUUUUAUUGGAAUGUACGGAUUAUAUUGAGUGUAUAAUAUUGAAGUGUUUCGCGUAUAAAUUCAUACAUUUAAAGAAAACUUUGUAAAAUGUAAAUUCAUAUCACGAGACCAAAGUGAAUUAAGUUCGAAAUCUGUCAGUUCAAUGCAGAUCCAGCAUCUGUAUUAAAUGGAGCUCACAGAGCGGGCUUUGAUUUAAUUCAGCGUUCAAAUCAAGAAUGAAAUGUGAAUUUAUUAUAAUAUUAUUUCUUUCUAUAGUACUCUAUAGCACAUUUUACAGCUGUAAAUCAUUGAAACAAUCUAAGAAAUAAUCUGAGAGGAUAUUCUUUUUUCACGCCGGUUUCAAUUCAAAGUCGAUAUUUCCGCGGUGUAAUCUCUAUUUUUCCUUUACUUACGUGUUUACUACAUUUACUUACGUGUUUACUACAUUUUUAUCAGUUAUUCGUUUUAUGUAAUCCAUAAAGUAUGCGUAUGGUGCUGAAUAUUAAUCGACAGCUUAGCUGUAUGUACAAACCAUACAUAUUAAUGACUAAGAUACAUGCAAUGUUUCCAUUACGAAUCACGAGAUAAGCUAAGAUUGCAUCCGCGUGCUAUAAACAUUAACAUAUUUCUUUCGUGUAGCAAGCAGAACGGUACAAAUGUCACGUACACGCAUUUUCAAUUUUUUAACGCAACGCGAAAUAAUUUUUCAAGGCAGUGGUUCGCCUGCAUUUCCAACGCAUGUUCGAGUAAAAUAUUUAUCAUCGUACGUCCUACAUCGUGUAUUAUUUAACGUCAAAUGCGGUUCUCGGUUAUCUCUGUUUAAACGCAAUUUUCGUGCUAAAUAAGUCACAUUUGGGCAAAAAGGAGAUUAAUCAAUAACUGAAUGUCAUUGAUUAAUGUGAUUUACCCAAUCGUCAAACAGUCGCAUUUAGCUAAACAUGCAAUGAGCACAUUUGUGUGCUUAACAACAACAGCCGUGUGAGAGAAAGGAGGCAAGAGAGAAGAUAUGAGAGAAAGAGUGAGUGAAUGAGAGAAAAAGUAACAUUCCCUAUACACGUUGCACUAAAUAAUGAAGAAUGCUUUGGAAUGAGAGCAUUAAUUAAGUGUUAAUUUGACAUAACGAACGUCAUAUUUAUCAUACCCGCUUCGGUAAGGAAAGUCUGCGAGAAAUCAUGCAAAAUUAUGCAAAUGCCUGCACAAAACACAAGGGAACAAGGAUUUGAGAAAAUAUCAAAGCUAUAAGAUUUCAAGUAAUUCCUUUGCCUGUCCGUUACCUUUAAAGAUAAUUUAAAGACAUUCGCGGAAAUAUAUUUGAACGUGAAGUUUAUUGCUCGCCGCUUAAUUAGCGUGGAAGGAUGGAGAGAGAGACACCCGUUACCAAUAUAAAUAUUGUAUAAAAAAUUACGGAAGAAUUGAGUCCGAUCGACCGAAACUUUAGCAAAUCUUUCUCGAGGGACUUUCGCCCCGGGGUGUAUUUGCAUCCGCACGAUUGCGCAUGCAUACGCGUGCUGUUCGAUAGUGACAAAAACGCAGGGGAUGUUGUCGCGGAUCAGCUGUCCGACGCAUAAAAUGUGCCAUGUUCUCCAAGUGCUAUAUAUAUACCUCAUGUAAGUAUCUACGUAAAAACCGCAUAAGCGCGCACGUUACACGUAAUGCAAAUAACACGUAACGCAGUUGCACCGACGAUGAGAUAGCGCCAGCAAUUAAUCCGAGGUGCAAGUAACAGUAACGUAAUAAGAGGAUCCUUGAGAAUUCUGUUAUUCUCGGUAUCAUUAAGGUUUAAUAGUAUAACGAUUUGUGUGUAUACUAAAGUACAUAUUAAAAGAAAAUAUGGCUGACAGCCCGAAAUCAAAAUACAAAAUAUAAUACGCGGCAGACAUUGGAACGACGAAUGGAGGCUCCGCUCCACGCACGUGGGCCCUUUCCAAUGUUUGCCGAUGGUUAGUGACCCCCUCCCUCCCUCAACUCUGAGUCCCCAUUUUGAAGCAUUUUUAGCACCGUAUAAUCAAAACAAAUGUAAUUCAUCAAAAUGUCUAAUCAAAUCCCAAUAGUGUAUCUUCAAUCAUCGUUCACGAAGCUGGAUACAGGCGAGAAACGUACAUAAGUUACGAAAUCAAAACAAAA